AUGCAUAAUAUUGAUUUGAUUUGGUCAGAUCAGGACAUUGAUGAGAGAAAGGUUUUACAAGAACUUAAAGACACAAAAAAGCAGAAGGCUACACAAUAUACUCAACCUAUUUUUAUCUACUUUGCUCCACCUUAA